AUGUGGGCUGCGAGUGGGAUCAUUCUAGCUGGAACGUUUUGCUCCCGAAGUGAUUUGGUGCUAGUCAACCUCAAGGCGCCUCGGAAAAGUUCUUUGGAUAUCAUACGCAGCAGGAUCCUGAGACAGGAGAAGGAAUUCUUACCUGGCGAGAAAGCCGUCAAUGUGGCCCUCUUGUAUCGCCGGCUUUUUGUAGUCAAUAGACAAUUCAAUAUCUGGUCUGCGAUACUAUGUGUGAUCAUAAUCCUGUGGACUAUCUCGUUCUGCUUCGCAGUUUUGUUCCAAUGUGGUACACAUAUAUCAGCUUUCUGGACUAACGGCAUGCUUUUUGGUCAAUAUUGCGACACUGAAUCAUGCGAAACAACAAUUUUCUGCAUCACUGAUGUCUUGACCGAUUUUGCAAUUCUUCUCACUCCAAUACCCGUCGUUUGGAAGCCAAAAAUGUCGAUGGGUGCAAGGCUUGCACUUUGUUCGGUCUUCGCACUCGGUAUCUUAUGA